AUGGACGGUUUCCUACCCCACGAAAUUCUUACCAUGAUUACAGAUAAGUUUUCGGACAAUAGCGCAACCCUCUACUCGUGCAUUUUGAUCAAUAAAAACUGGUACAGCGCUGCUAUUCAGCAUCUGUGGUCCAACCCAUUUACCCUACUAUGUGCAUAUCGUUAUCGAUGUGUCGAUGACUAUAGGCGAAAGGCAAAGAAUCUUCUAACGACGUUUAUUGAAUGCUUUACUGAUAUGGAAUCGAUCAAAGAAGAAUCUGUUAGUUUGUAUUUGGAAAGGAAGCAUUCCAAAAAGUUAAUUUUCGACUAUAGCCUAUACUUGAAAGAGAUUUACUUUGGGGAGGUGCAAGACCUCCUCUGCAAAUGGUGCCAUCUGAAGUUGGAUGAUUGUAAGUUCUCUCACGAUCUAGUUGAUAGAAUGGCAGUCGGAAUCAUUAGAUUUGCCAUCCAAUAUUGCCCUCGAUUGAAAACACUAUUUUUUCCACACAAAUUUCCAUCAAUAUUGCUAAUUCAAUCUUUGGCAUUUGCCAGAGAUCUGCCACAGUUGAGAAAUUUUAUCUGGGCUUCUCAUUAUUCACACAAAGAGGUCUUUAUUGCCUUAUCAAAGGUUGCGCAUAAUCUAGAGUUGAUAUCAGUUGAUUUUCGUACCAGACGGAAUUGUCUCGACGAAGGAUCGAUGGACGCUUUCCAAGCUCUCAUUCGAUCUCAGCAUCGGCUAAAAACAGUUAGAAUACGAAAGCUGAAUAUAGGCAUGGACUUUAUGUUGGAACUACUACAGACGCAAUCGAGUUCCCUUGAAUGGCUCUCGUUCGAGCAUACCGAUUUUGGUUCAGAUGACUCAAAAUUUGGACCGUUCAAAUUUCCUCAGUUAAAGAGAUUGAAGUUGGGACAGUGUGUAACUAUAAGUACGCAUGGAUUGGCAUCAAUUAUCAUGGCUGAUUUACCAAAUCUACAGCAACUUAUUAUUGAUCCAGGUAUUACUAUACCAAUUAAGUUUAUGAAACAAAUGUUGCAAAAGCAUGGAAGGUCAUUAACUAGUGCAACGCUAAAAUUAUCUAAUAGCAAUGUUGACAUUGUGUCAAGUAUCUGUCAAAAUCUCAGACAGUUGGAUAUCAGCAUGAGCAAAGAAUUGAUAAUGCCUGUUGUGUGCAUGUUGGCAAACAUACCAAAUUUGCAUUCCUUGACAAUAAAUUCACUGUCUGAACGAGACCCUCCUUUUCUUGGUAAUCUUUUUAAUGAGUUGGCCAAACAUCAACUCUCACAUUUGCACGAUUUGAGCUUAUCAAAUAUGGACAGCUGCCACGUUGAUUCAUUAAAGAAGUUUUUGUCUGGAUCAAGACCUCCUCUUAGGUCGCUAACAAUUGGGAGAACAUGCGUGAUGACUGAAGCACAUAUUAAUGUUAUCCUCGACCAUCUCAAAGACACACUGAAAUUCCUGACAAUAUAUUUUGAUAUUAAUGCAGUUAGUACAAAAUGUAUUGGAAGGGCAAGGCGUAUACUUAGACGAUUUUACAGACCUUUUUAA